CGUGAAUCCAUUCUGAGCAUAUCAUCCUUCUUUGAUCAAGCUCCUCCCCAACUCCUACACCGAUGCCAAUCCCACAGCUCCGCCAGCUUAACACCUCCCCCGCCGCAUACUGCGACGCUCCAGAUAUCUGGACCCAAGUUUUUGAGAAUCCUCACCGAAGCUUCGACGAAGACAAAGUCGUCCUCGUUCAGAGCGAGACUUCCGAGACCGUUACCUACUCGCAAGUCCGAGAUGGUUCCCGCGCGUUUGGAGCUGCCCUGGUGAAGAAAUUUGGCAUCAAGCAAGACGAUGUCGUAGCAGUCCUCUCACCAAACCAUACCGACGCAAUCAUCGUGGCCUUCGGUAUUGCGUGGACCGGAGCCCUGAUGAAUCUCCUGUCUCCCGUUGCCACCAAGGAAGCGCUCGUCUAUCACCUCAAGGACUCGAGUACGAAGGUGCUCGUGGUACAUGCGUAUUUCGAAGGCCUAGCCACCACACUGGCCGAUGAAGCGGGUGUGGGACGUGAGAAUAUCUUCAUCCUGGGAGGAGAGUCAAAGUCGUUUCCAUCGUGGAAAGACUUCUCGAAGGGCGUGGGAAGUGUUCCGAAGCCACUGAUAUCGUCAAGAGACAAUGUAGCGAUGCUCAAUUACACCAGCGGAACCACAUCUGCGCCGAAGGGCGUUAUGACUACCCAUGCAAACAUCAUGUUCCUCGUUUCGCAGCUUGGGGCGAUCGACGGGCCGCAAGUCAAACUCAACGGCUCAUUAUUGCUCGUCGUUCCAUGGUCUCAUUACUAUGGCUUCCUGGUGCUCACAGUAUAUUCCUUCCACCUAGGAAUUAAAACUGUCUUACUCCAGAAACCAGAUUUCAUAACGAUCCUUCACAGCAUCGCUGACUACAAAGUUACCAACGCCCCUCUGGUCCCCGCACUGAUCGCUGGUCUCCUGCAUCCGGCGGCCAGGUCCAUCGACUUCUCCGCGCUGACCGACAUCUUCGUUACCGCCGCGAACCUGAAGAUGCCGAUCCGCACCGCCGUCGAAGCCCAACUUGGGCUCAAGAUCCGCAGCGGCUACGGGAUGACCGAAGGCGUGUUUAUAUACUCGAGCUCCAUCGACUACGAGACAAUGGACACAUCCGGGCUCCUCAUUCCCGGAUUGACGGCUAAGAUCGUCCUCGAGACCGGAGAGGAAGCCAGGGCGCCCGGUCAGGUCGGCGAGUUCUGGAUUAAGGGCCCCGCUGUGUUCAAGGGAUACUUCAACAGGCCCGAUAUCAACGAGAAGGUGUUCACCAAGGAUGGGUUCUUCAAGACUGGCGACCUGACCUCCGUUGAUGUGAACGGUGCGGUUAGUGUCCAUGGUAGAAGGAUCGAAGCGAUUUACCGUGAGGGGAACUGGGUCAUUCCCCAGGAGGUGGAGGAAGUCAUCGAUACGCACCCCAGCAUGAAAGAGAGCGUUAUGGUUCCCGUUGUAGUGGAUGGGGAGAAAUUGCCAAAGGCAUUCGUGGUCGUGAAUGAGGGCAUUGAGCAAACAGCAGAGCUAUUGGAGGAGAUCCUUAUGUUUGUGAACGCAAAGCUAUCGGCGAUUCAGCAAUUGCACGCGAUUGCUUACAUAGAGACAGUCCCCAAGAGUUUGGCUGGGAAGAUCCACCGGACCCGGCUGGUAUAAGUGUGUGUGUGGGGCGGUGGGAUUCAUAUUUUGGAACUUUUUUCUCCAUGCUUCUCCAUAUCAUCUCCCAAUAUAAGUUCAGUUCACCGG